UCUCUUAUCCCAAAGUAACUUUUAUCUGGUGCUGUAUCUGACAGCUAAAUAACGGAGAUGGUUAUACAACUACUUUCCCUGGAGGCACUUUUUCAAACUCGUUUAUUCGUGAGUCAAUCCGCCUGUGACUUGGAGCUGAGGGCAGGAAACUACCGGCAUCCGUGUUGGUGAUUCGUCGAGGACGAGCCCAUCGAUCGCCCCGCCAUUGGUGACCAAUUAGCUUAAUUGGCUAACCUAGCCUAGCUAACCAGAAGCAACGUUCCCACCGCCUACAAAACAGGCAACGUUGUUGCAACUGAAACCCGUUUAUUUAUUUAAUUUAUAAGUAUAAAGCCGGGUGAAAAUGAACGCACAGAUGGUAAAAGGCGUUUCACGUUUAGGAUAAGGAGGUUUUUUUUUGUAGUUGGCGCUUGUCAGUUGGUCCUAGCUAAUAGUUCGCUAGCUAACGUAAGCUAGCCGGGUUUUGUUCGUUCGUUUUUUUUUCUCCGCGUUUCUCUCACGCCGUCUCGGGACCGACGUCCGCUCGUUCGAUUCCGUUUUUGGACUUUGUUUGGGGCACUGAACCCAUGGCUGCCUUUCACACGGACUGGCCUCUCUGGUCGCCUUACAAUUACGCGGCCAGUGAGUAUGCGGCAGCGCCGUUGUAUUAUGUUGCACCCUGUUUUUACGAUGUGGGGGUUGAGAAACCGAGUCCAAAAAAUGUCAGGAAAUUCCUGCUGGACAGGUCCGUUUUUGAUUUGGUGGAUGUUCACAAAGUCCUUUCCCUCACCGACCCCAAGCUGCUGGGUUGGUAUCUCAAUUUGUCUCUAGAGGACCGAAAGGACAUUCAAGAUGGAGGAGGGUUUCAACGGUUCCUGCUCAGACACCCCGCCCUGGAGCUGUCCCAGCACCACGUCCACGUGAAGCGUAACGUUUCACGUGUCGUUCCUGCCCAGCCGACCAUCACGUGCAACAGGUCUAUAAUGCAAGGAGAAACUUAUUUCAGAUCUGACUGGGAGAGGUUCCCCAAUAAUAUGAGGGAGACUUUUAACCAGCUCUGCUACAACAGCAGUGAUGGUUCACAAAUGCAUCAAACAGCCUUCAACUGUACCACCAGGCAGGAGCCAAACCAGCAGAUGUCCUGCACCGUGAGGGCUUCUUGCCAGCUGAGCGAACGAAGGCCAUCGUGGCAGACGUCCAGCAAGGAUCCGACUCCCCCACCGGGCGUCUUUCUGGACACGGACCUGCAAGGACACCGGCAGGGGGGGCAGCCUGAGCUCAGGAGCUGCACCACAGCGUCACAAGUCAACAGAUGUGACCGCGCAUACGCCGAAGUCAGUCUAUUACAGUCAGAAGGCCCGACCGGUGAUGAAGACCUGUCUCCUGAGUACUACAGCUUCAACAGUAUUCAAAUGGAUGCUACGGACUACAGUGAGAGGAGCCUUUUGCAGCCAGUUGAGCUGGAGCAGAACAUCUCACCUGUGGACCCAGUGGAGGAGGGAAGCAUAGAGGAAGGGCCUCGGGGUCACAUGCUCCAGGGUAACGACAUCGCUGAAGGCGAUGGCGAAGCUGGCGCGAGCUUCGGAGAUCAGAGCGACAAGUUCCACAGCAUCAUGGUGAGCGACGAGAGCAUUCUGGUGUGCCUGACCAGCGCCGAUGUGAGGACGUUCAACGCGACCCACCCUGAGAGCGAGGCCCCAAAGCCGGAUCAGUCUGUCACCACGACCCACGCUGCAGAACAUCACAGCCCUCAGAGGCCCCGCGUCACGACCUGUGACAUCAUGGUGGGCACCGAGGUGGAACCGCACACGUCGGCCGUCGGCAACACUGAGGAUCCACCGACGGCUGACAAGCACGUCAACACCGAGGUCUACAUGUCGGAUCUAGACUACGUGGCCGAGGAAUUUGCCAAACUUCAGAAGGUCCAAGAGCAACAACGAGGACACAAAAAGGAAAGACAGAGUUGUGAAUGUGACGGCAUGCAGCGGGCACAGCGAGCUGAGCUCGGCCUCCUGGCCCUGCAGUACGUUAUGUGCAAACAGCACUGCUGGAGACUCUACCACACCGCUUCUGAGGGAGGUCAGCUCGCCCCAAUGAAGAAAAACAACCCUUCUGCAGAAUUUGCAAGUAUUCUGCAAAAACUGGAAUGUGACUAUAAUCGGAUGAGGGAUGAGAUGCUGGCAGGAGUUCCUCUGGAGGAACUGAAACCUCUGUCUGUUGACCUGAAGCAAAUAAAAUCACACGCAAGUUACAACCCUGCAAAGAUCAUAAGUGAAGUCCUGGGAAAUGUUCCAUCUGGGAGCGAAGAAGGACGUCCUAAUGAUGGAAGCCCAACCUGCUCCCAGAGCGCCCACAGAAAGGAGAACAGCGCAGCAGAAAGAGCCCUCACCAUUGUCCUCAAAGAUGGAGAUGCCCCCAUAAACGCACACGAGCAAGAAGAAAAGCACACAACAGCGGCCGUCCCAGAGGGCGGCCCGUGCGAGGCGGGCCCGUGCGAGGCGUGGUUUGAUGCCGAGGAAAACCCGCAUUCUUCAGUGGUGGCCCAGCCGGGUCAGGAGCCCACGGGGGGGGUGGGACAGGAGACUCUCGAAUCAGCCGGCGAGGAGGUGGACAGUGAACUGCUCUGUGUUUCCAAUCUGCCCAGCAACACCACAGAGAGUGACGUGAUGCUGUGGUUUGAGAAACACCAGCCCUCUGAGGUCAGCAUCUCUGCUUUGAAGACUGAUUUCAGGGUUGCCAUAGUGAUGGUCAGCGGACCCCAAUCUGCCGCGGCUGCGGUGAGGGAGCUGCAUGGCUGCUGUGUGCAGGGCCGCACUUUACACGUGGAGCACAUCAAGAGAGCCAUCGGGGGGAGGCGGGCCUCUGUCGGCGGGCCGCAUUCUGCAAACGGCCCAGAAACCUCCCCGACUGAGAGAGAGCCGAUGAGUCAACCGCCCGGCGCCAGCGUGGGAGACGGGAAGGUGGUCGCCCCCCCCGCAGGAAAGGGAGCCUCUGUGCCCCGACACUUCGACCCCAUGGGCAGCUUCGACACGCUGAUGGCCGAGCUGACGCAGCGGCACCCCGACGCGGGCAGGCCGAGGAUCGUGGAUGCUCUGAUGGAGCUGAAGGCGGAGCGGCAGGGGCCCCUCAGCGGGCUGCCGCUCAGCGCCAUCAGGGAGAUGACGUCGGCGCUUCUGACCCGGUCGGAGCGCGCCACCGAGUCAUGAGGGAGCCCGUUGGUGCUGCUGCAUGUUGUGUUCACUGCUUUCAGUUGUUCUCCUUCUCCUCCGCUCGGAGUGUUUGAUUGUUAUUGCAGGGUUUUGAUUUUGAUUUUUUUUUCUUCUGGUUACUCUGCAGUCUGAUUUAGGUUUGGAAAGAAGUGGGUUAAUGAAGACUUCUUAUGUUGGGUUGCAUACAGUUGUUUAUGCAUUUGCUUUUUUGUUUUAUGUCCUCUGUCAAUAAAAAGGACACUGACUAAAAUGUGUUCCUACUUUCAGUGUUGUGCUCAGCGUGAGUCUGCGCUUUGCUGCUUCUGCUUCACGUUUGAGUUGAUGCACUAAGAUGUGGCAGCUUUCACUGCUGAGAAUAGAAAUGGCUGCUUUUUAGAGAUCUUUGUCAAUUAUUGAAGAGGAAGUGCAGGCUGUGGUGGGGGCUUCUCAAAAGUGGACAAGAAGUUGUUUAUUUUAGUUGCAUAGGAAUCAUCACAAAGUCUUUAAAACCAAAGACAUGCCGGCCACUGAGCACGGGCAUCGAGCCCACAAUGGAUGCAAAACAGCUAAAAAAACAUUGACACACUGAAGUAUCCUAUAAUUCAAACAAAACCGUAACAAAGAGACAAGGGAUCCUUUAUUAUGUUGAACUCUGCAACACAAACGUGUUAGUUAUUCAGUUUGCUU